GGUUACGAGACUGAGGACUGAAAAAGGAUCGAGAUUAUGGAUCGGGAUCGAGACAGGGAUCGAGACCGUGACCAGUCGAGUCGAAGCAAGAGGAGGAGACGAGAUCAUGAAUACUGGGUUUCUGGUAAUCCUCCUAAGGUCUGGUCCUCCCGUCGCUACCGCCCCUCAGUGAACUAGAGCUUAGACCACAGGGAAAGCUUACGGUGACAGUAGUGAAGGCAAAUGAUCUUAAGAACACGGAAAUGAUUGGAAAAUCUAAUCCUUAUGUUGUUGUGUACAUUCGACCAUUGUUCAAGGUUAAAACAAAGGUCAUUGACAAUGACCUGAACCCCAUUUGGAAUCAAACAUUUGAGCUGAUUGCAGAAGACAAGGAGACACAGUCUCUUAUUCUUGAGGUUUUCGAUGAAGAUGUUGGGCAAGACAAACGAUUGGGCAUAGCAAAAUUAAAGCUGAUUGAGCUGGAAGCUAAAACUCCAAAAGAGGUUGAAGUGAGACUCCUUCCAUCACUUGAUAUGCUUAAAAUAAAAGAUAAGAAGGAUAGAGGAACUCUUACUGUUAAGACAAUUUAUGUUCUUAGAUCUCUUCUUCAUUCUUGAAUAUUUUUUCAUUUG